UUCUCCAAAUUAUUAACAGGCCGUGCAAUGGAACUCUCAAUAAUUCCGGCCGUGGUUACGGUCCUCUUUUUUCUUGUAACUCUCUUCCUUUUCUCCACCGCAAGAACUCGGAGGGACCCCAACUACGGCGGCAAUGGCCAAGGCUCACUUCCGCCGGGUCCUCCGGGACUCCCAUUGGUGGGAAACAUAUUCCAACUCGGCUUCAAUCCUCACCGUUCACUUGCUGUCUUUUCGAAAACAUAUGGACCUAUAAUGAGCUUAAAGCUUGGAAGGUUAACCGCAGUGGUUAUAUCUUCACCAGAAGCAGCUAAAGAGGCACUUAAAACACACGACCAUGUCAUGUCUGCUCGAACCUUUAACGACCCGAUCCGAGCCUUUGACCAUCAUAAACAUUCCGUUGUUUGGAUUCCUGCAUCGGCUCGUUGGAGGUUUCUGAAGAAGAUAGUAGUGCAAAAUUUGUUGUCACCGCAAAACCUAGACGGUAUCCAAUCCAUAAGGAUGAAAAAGGUGGAGGAACUUGUGAGCUUAGUAAACACAUUUUGCGAGAGAGGAGAGGCUAUUGACAUGGCUCGUGCUUCCUUCGUCACAUCUUUCAAUAUAAUCUCGAAUGCUCUAUUUUCUGUUGAUUUGGCCACGUAUAGCUCUAACUCGUCGUCUUUCGAGUUCCACGAAACGGUGGUUCACCUUAUGGAGAUCUGUGGGAAACCCAACGCAGGAGACUUUUUCCGGCUUCUGAGGUUUCUUGAUUUACAAGGAAGCCGAAAAGAGUCAACGCUCUGCAUAGAGAAGCUAUUUAGGGUUUUCCACGAAUUCAUUGAUGAUCGUGUAACCAAAAGAUUGUCUCAGACAGCGGCGUCGAGUAACGAUAUGUUAGAUGCCCUUCUCGAUAUUAAACAGCAAAACCAAGAAGAGAUCACCAUUAAUGAUAUGAAGCACUUGUUUCUCGAUUUGUUUGUUGCUGGCACGGAUACAAACUCUAGUACAAUAGAGUGGGCAAUGACGGAGCUACUCCGUAGCCCGGAUAAAAUGGUCAGAGCUCAGAGUGAGAUACGACAAGUGAUAGGUGGAAACGGUGUCGUUCAAGAAUCUGAUAUCCCAAGGCUGCCUUACUUGCUAGCAGUUGUGAAAGAGACUCUUCGUUUGCAUCCUCCAGCUCCUUUGAUCCCUCGAAAAUCUGAGUCUGAUGUCCAAAUCUUUGGUUUCUUCGUUCCAAAGAACUCUCAGGUUCUCGUGAACGUUUGGGCAAUGGGACGAGACUCGAACGUGUGGGAGAAUCCAAUGAAGUUUGAGCCAGAGAGGUUCUUGUUACGUGAAAUCGAUGUAAGAGGCAAAGAUUUCGAGCUGUUACCAUUUGGAUCAGGAAGAAGGAUGUGUCCGGGAAUCUCAAUGUCACUGAAGACAAUGCCUGUGGUGCUUGCCUCUCUUCUCUACUCCUUUGACUGGAAACUUCAAGACGGUGUCGUCCCUGGAAACAUGGACAUGAGUGAGGUCUUUGGUCUUAUUUUACAUAAAGCCAAACCUCUCUGCGUUGUACCUAUCAAGAAACCUACAUCAUCGUCUUAGUAUUUUCCAUGUUAUUAUUUUCUUUAUAAUGAGACUUCUUUUUCACUCAUAGUUGCUUGAAAACAUGUGUAAGUGCUUGUGCUACAUGCAUAAAUCGCAAGAGAUUGAAUGAAUGUCGUAUGUACAACAUCUUUCGAACAGAACAGUGUUGGGUGUGAUUUCAUCGUCCUCUAAGGAUUUGUAAAUCUUGUAUGUAGGAGGGUCAUCACCGCCUAUAUGUAAGAGAGCCAAUUACCACAGCAAAUGGGGAGCUAAAUCUUCACCGAAUAAUCAAUUUAUCAGUUGUUGAUUAUGCAGAUGCAGUUUUUGUCUUUUGUUUUUCGGGAUUGUGAUAUUUUGCUUCUUCGAUUCUCCUCAUCUCAGGUUUUCUCAUCAUCUCCCAUCUUUUAAUCCACAUAGACAAUACAUAUGCAUACACUCUUAAGGCCAAAUUUGUUGUCAUAUCUCAAGCAUAACGAUCACUCGAAGUAAUGCUAUAUAAAAAUGUUUCUGAAUUAUCCAAUUCAUAAAUACAUUAUUCUAAAGUGUAUUAUGUUCAUGACUUCUUAAGACCAUAUUCAACACUGAAUCCAUUAAAAGAAGAAUUAUUAAAAGUUAAAUUUCGUAGAAAUAUGUUAUAAUAUUCAUCUUAACUAUGUUUCCUUUGACAAAAAAAAAACUAUGUUUCUUGGCUUUUUGAAAAUUUAAGAGUAGUAUAUUUAGAGCUAUUAAUGAAUUAUGCAACUGAUGUCAAAAAGGAAAAACCAUACCACUGUAAUAGUUUUACUGUUCCAUUAUAACUUCACAAACAUGUAAGUUGUAACUAAUGAUUUAAUUUUUACUAUAGGGGAAAUCAUCUCAAGCACUCCUUGUUCAUGGUUGUAAGAUUUUCUUAAUCAUGAGGUGGUUAGGGCUUGAAGAACCCAGGUUUCCAAAUUUAUAUUGGGCCUAGGUAAAAUAAAGCCCAUAUGUUACUAUAAAGCCCACAAUGUAUAUAAAGAAACACAUUUACUUAACAUGAUUGCAUUAGCGAAAUAAAUACUUGAUUGACAUAUGUAAAUUUAAUUCUAAUGCUAACUAAUUGACUUUUAUGUGUGAGAAGUUUUGCUAAAUCCUGAAUCAGACACAACCUCUCUCUCCUCUCUCUCUCCUCUCUCUCUCUCUCCCGCGCGCCCAAGUCGCCUCCCUUCUCCGAUCGUCUCCCCUCUCUCUCUCUCUUUACUUUCAGUCGCCUGCUGAAUCUCUCCCAUUCUUCCCUUCUCCAGCUGCUCCGCCUGAGGAUUAGAGGAUCCCGUGUGGACUUCAUCUCAGUCGCUUCCGAUUCGCUUCAUUUCCUCCGCUCCGAUCCGU